AUGGCGACUAAAAGACUGCUCGUUUCAGAAGUUCUCUGGUAUUUUCUUGAAAAUAGUGAAAAUUUUGAUAAAGUAAAUUUUCAAAAUUUAGUUUCUGAUUUUUUUUCACAUGAAGAAUUAUCAGCUGCAAAAAAAAUUCUGAUUAAUGAAAUUGAAAAUCUUAAAAAAGAGAAAAAAGAGAAAUUGUUCAAUAAAUCCAGAGGAAAAAGAAUAUUUUUUUAUAAAAUACUCCAUCGAUUUGGCUUUCCAAAUGUAUUUUCGUUGAACAUGCUGCACUGUACAGAGUGCAACCUCUCUGAGCUUGAAUUCGCCCUGGGUCGUGUUUCCUGUCUUUCGGCCCAUGAUGCCUUGACUAUUAUCCGCAAUGCCCUCAGUUUGCCCAAAUUGAUGUACUUCCUGCGUACAUCUAAACACAUUGACCCUUCUAAAUUGGGCGAAUUUGACGGAGCCCUGCGCACCGCCCUGUCGUCGAUUUGCAAUGAACCAUCCGGCAUUUCUGCGCAUGAUGGUAGGCGACCGGACGGAUGCACGCUAAUACCUUGGAGAGCCGGCAGAUGUUUGGCGUGGGAUGUUACGGUCCCUGGCACCCUCGCCGAACGAUACGUAAACCUGACAAGUAAAGAAUGCGGUUUGGCCGCGGCCAGGGCAGCGGACGAGAAAAUGAAAAAAUAUGGGAAUGCCCUCCCCUCGAUGGAAUUCUUGCCAAUAUGCAUCGAGGUUCUCGGCCCGAUGGACCCCAACACCCUUAAAUUUCUUAAGGAAAUAGGCAAAAUGAUCAGUGUCAGAUCAGGUGACAGCAGGGAACUGUUUUUUGCAACCAACCACAUUUCGUGCUUGUUUCAGCGGUUCCUGCGUGUCUGUGUGCUUGAAAAUAUCCAACUGAAUGCCGACAUGUGCAAUUAA